AUGGGUAUCGUGCAGAGUCGCAGCGGGGAGGGCGAUGGUGGUGUACGUGAGGUUUUCGUCGGCGGUGUGAAGGCUGGCAUGCCUCAUCACUCGUGUCAACUCAACAUGGGCAUGGGCAGCCUGAGUGGACCUCACACGCGCACGGGUAGCAUGCGUAGCGCACCUAGACAGCCGAUGCCGGACGCCGUCGAGCUCGAGAGGCGCUUCACCAAAGUGCUCGCCUCCAUGGAUCUACCACCGGAUAAGGCGAAACUGUUAAAACAGUAUGACAACGAAAAGAAAUGGGACAUCAUAUGUGAUCAAGAAAGAGUACAAGCUAAAGAUCCACCAUCCCAUUACUUGGCGAAAUUACGUACUUAUCUGGAUCCUACAGCAUCACGAAGCCAUCGAAAAAGAAAAAUGGUCGGAGAAUCUACAUCGACUCAAGUAUUACGUGACUUGGAAAUAUCCUUACGCACAAAUCACAUUGAAUGGGUGAGAGAAUUCUUAGACGAAGAAAAUCAAGGUUUGGAUGCUUUGAUAGACUAUCUCAGCUUUAGGUUAUUAAUGAUGCGACAUGAGCAACGACUUUUGGAAUCUUACACAAAUUCUGAAGAAAAAUUGCAAACCGCGGGCAGUGAUACCUCACCAUUAAACAACGGGUGCUUGAGGCCGCCUCUUCACGAGCUUAAAGAUAGUCCUGGGGUCAAAAGGAGAUCUCGACAUGUGGCACGCCUAAAUAUGGGUGAAGCAAAGGAUGAUAUUCAUGUUUGCAUACUGUGCAUGCGUGCCAUCAUGAACAAUAAGUAUGGAUUUAACAUGGUUAUUCAACACAGAGAAGCUAUCAACUGCAUUGCAUUAAGUUUAAUUCACAAAAGUCUGAGGACGAAAGCUUUAGUAUUGGAACUUCUCGCUGCAAUCUGUUUAGUGAAAGGUGGCCACGAGAUCAUUUUAUCAGCGUUUGAUAACUUCAAAGAAAUGUGUUCUGAGAGGAGAAGAUUUACGACACUUAUGGAAUAUUUUACUCAGUAUGAUAGUUUCCAUAUAGAGUUUAUGGUUGCUUGUAUGCAAUUCGUCAAUAUUGUCGUGCAUUCGGUAGAAGACAUGAACUUCAGAGUACAUCUACAGUAUGAAUUCACAAAGCUUGGAUUAGAUGAAUAUCUUGAGAAGCUUAGACACACAGAGAGCGAAGAUUUACAGGUUCAAAUCUCAGCUUACUUAGAUAAUGUGUUUGAUGUAGCUGCCUUAAUGGAGGAUAGUGAGACAAAGACUGCAGCAUUGGAAAAAGUAGCGGAAUUAGAAGAUGAACUUGGUCAUGCACAUGAUCGUAUGGCAGAAUUAGAAAGAGAAUCGUUAGCAAAAUUGGCGGAAUUGGAAACGGAGUUAGGUGCGAUCAAAAUGGAUUAUGCCGAGGCUUUGGAAACACGUAGAUCAGUGGAGGAAGAACUCGCAGCCUUAAAGAGGCAAAGACAGGAUUCUGCCCGAAGACAGAGUGUCCUGGAGAACAAAAUUAUCGAGCUGGAAACUCUCACGGGAACAUUAACGAAAGGCUCAUCAGCCGCUAGUCUACGAAAUGGCACCGCAACAAGUCCUCUAAAUAAUUCGGAUAAUAUUACAUCAGAGAUAUUCACCUCGACACCGUCACCGACGUCGCAUGAAGCGCUUCCAGUGGCUCCUGCACCACCACCUCCACCUCCUCCACCGUGUCCACCGCCGCCUCCUAUGGCACCUCUUUCUCUGGGAGAUCAUAAGUUACCACCAACUGUUCCGAUACCUCCACCACCUGCCGGCAUGAUGCAAGCACCCAAUGGAGCAAUGACUAUCAAACGAAAAGUCCAAACAAAGUACAAGCUUCCGACACUUAAUUGGAUUGCUCUUAAACCUAAUCAAGUACGGGGUACUAUCUUCAAUGAACUGGAUGACGAUCGUUUGCAUAAUCAAAUCGACUUUUCUGACUUUGAAGAGCGAUUUAAGAUCGGCAUGAGUGGACACGUAGCCAAUGGUAACAGUGAAAUCGAUGGACUUCAAAAUUUUCCGAGUAAACGAUUUAAGAAAUCCGAAAAUGUAUCACUUUUGGAGCACACAAGAUUACGAAAUAUUGCUAUAUCUCGCCGAAAAAUGGAAAUGCCAAUCGAGAAAGUAAUAAUGGCGGUAAAUGCUCUCGACUUAAAAAUCCUUUCGCUUGAAAAUGUAGAAUUAUUGCAACGUAUGGUGCCUACAGAUCAAGAAAUUAAGGCUUACCGCGAAUAUAUUAUAGAAAAAAAGAAUGUCAAUUUGUUGACUGAAGAAGAUAAAUUUUUGAUGCAACUUGGUAAAGUCGAAAGAAUAUCUACCAAAUUGUCAAUUAUGAAUUAUAUAGGAAACUUUUUUGAUAAUUUACAUCUCAUUACGCCACAAAUACAUGCUGUGAUAUCUGCAUCCAGUUCGGUUAAGAGUUCAAAGAAGUUAAGAUCAGUAUUAGAAAUUAUUCUUGCCUUUGGUAACUACCUAAAUAGUAGCAAACGGGGCCCUGCGUAUGGCUUCAAAUUACAAAGCUUAGAUACAUUAUUAGAUACGAAAUCGACUGAUAAAAGGAUGUGCCUUUUGCAUUAUAUUGUUGCCACGAUACGCGUAAAGUUUCCAGAACUUAUUAAUUUUGAAUCAGAGUUAAUGUACAUCGACAAAGCUGCGACAGUUUCACUAGAGAAUAUAACAACUGAUGUUCACGAACUGGAGAAAGGUAUGGACCUUGUGCGAAAAGAGUUUGAGUUACGCGGCAAAGAGAAACACAAUACAGUAUUGCGCGAUUUUUUGAAUAAUUCUGAGGAGAAAUUACGUCGUUUAAAACUUGACGCACGUACCGCCGGCGAAGCAUUCCGAGAAUGUGUUGAAUUUUUUGGAGAAAGCCCGAGACAAGCUGAUGCCAACACCUUUUUCUCUCUUCUUGUUAGAUUCGCGAGAGCAUUUAAGGCAGCGGAUCAAGAAAAUGAACAGCGUCGUAGAUUAGAGGCUGCUGCAGCAGAAGCUUUAAACACUUCCGAAGAAGUUAUAAAACGUAACAAAUUAAAUCAAAAGAAACAACAGGAUGCUGUUAUAAACGAAUUGAAGAAUAAGACACGAUUAGUGCAAGAGAAAAAGCUGUUGCAACAAGACGAAGUGUACAAUGGCGCUCUAGAAGAUAUUCUUCUUGGUCUCAGGUCCGAACCGUAUCGUAGAGCGGAUGCUGUAAGACGUAGCCAACGACGACGUAUCGAUAAUCAUAGACUCUCGCGCACUGCUGAAGAGCUUGAGCUCUAAUUUUUUGACAUUUCCGACGCGUAUUUCAAAGUUUUUCUACUGAAGAGAAUAAAUUUGCCUUGUAAUAUUGACACUUCAUUAUAACUUAGGAACUUAUUCUAUAACUCUUAUCAAUCAUAGUGCUACAGUUACAGAAUAAGAGUUAAGAGUUACAGAAUAGGCUCCUUAAUUUUAUAUAAAUACGACGGGAAUCUCAAUAAAUAAGCACCAAUAGUUUGAGAAUACUUUUGAAAAUAUUAAUAGCUUGCACAAUGAAUAUAUACUUGUACAUUCUUUCAAUUUUGGAAGUCUUUUACAAAUAUACUUUGUUAUGAGUAUACAAAUUCGGAGAGAAUUGUGGAACGACGAUAUUCACUAUGUACAAUUAGAA